GAACCUUUUGGAGACCCUUUGAUGGCCCAUGACUCAGGAUCUGUUACUUGUAUGAGAAGCACUUGUUCUAAAACCUGGUACUCUGUCAAUAUAAAUUGUGGUGGUAAUCAGGAAGCCAUUGGACGUACAAUGUAUGAUGGUGAUUUGGAUCUAGUUACACAGGGAUUUGCAAAGAGUGCAACUAACUGGGCAAUUAGCAAUACUGGUCACUUUUUAGAUGCAAACAAAAGGAUAUCUAUGUCGAACAAAACAAGAGUCUCCCCUGUGCCCCUGUUAAACUGUACGGAAAUGCACGUCUUUCCCCUAUUUCUCUGACCUAUUAUGCAUUUUGCCUGGGA